AUGGCGGUGGGCCUUUCAAAUACGGCCCAUCACGCAGUUGACGAGGAGGCGCGAGCCGAGGUGGAUGUGCUGAACUCUCGACUCGAAAAGACAACGCAGCUCACCAAGAAGAUCCAGGCGAGCCUCGGACGGCUAGAGGUCUCUGGGCAGAGUGUGCGCGAUGUGGCUGGGCCACUGAGUGGCGAGACCCGACGUCUUCAGUUGCUUGGAAAGAAUGUUGACUCCGUCCUCGCCGCCAUUGACCGACUGCACCAACCCGCCGAUAAUAAAGAUAACGAGGAGCAAAUUAUCCGCGCCGGACCGGACAAGGCCGGGUUAUCCAGCUACCUCUCCUCGCUGAAGAGGCUCAACAAGUCCCACGCAGAGAUGCAGGCGUCGAACCUGCGAGCAAACCAGCACACAAUGGUUGAUCUUAACCGGCUCAUAAAGUCAGGUAAUGCGCAACUUGAGAAUUACUUUGACAAACUUUUACGAGGGGAAACGCCUAGGUCCAUCGAACCCCUCCAUUACAUUACAAAGGAUAAGCCAUUCCCGGUCCUACCGCAGGAUAAGAUAGCUCGCUUGGGUCUUGUCUAUGCCUACCUGGCUGGUGGUCAGAAGUCUCCUGGACACGAUUCGCCAGCGUCAAAAAUAUUUGCCGAAGUUCGUGGCCCGUAUCUAGCAUCGUCUCUCGCCAAUCUGGCAGCAGCUAGUGUAAACACGGCUAAGAAAAAGAAUCCCGGUGCCAUCUAUAGAGCGGGAACCAAUGGAAUUAGCACAUAUGCUCAAGCCAUGGAGGCCAUUUUCCUAUCAGAAUAUGACAACAUCUGUAGUAUAUUCAAGCGUGAAGACUGGGGCCCAGUAUUUCAAGCGACUUGCCAGGCAGCAUUAUCGGAACUUGCGCGAACAGUCAGGGAACUGAAUACUCAUAUAAAAGGUCACCUGGCAACAGACUGCUAUUUGGCGUAUGAAAUCACCGAAAUCCUCUCCAGUCUCUUAGGAAACCUGGAAAUGAGGACAGGGGAACUCAAGGGUCCUCUGGCUGCUGCGUUGAAACCGGUGCGGGAAACGGCGAAGGCAUCGCUUUCAGACUUGUUGGAAGAUACCCGGAGAAAAGCGGGAGGGCUACAGACACUACCUUCGGACGGUGCCUCUAUACCGCUUGUGACAGAAACAAUGCAGCGACUACAGGCCAUGGUGGAGUUCCUUCGCCCAAUCUCCAGUAUCAUGAUAUCUCUUGGUGAUGGAGGGUGGAAGUCGAGCCCAGGGUCUGCCGGCCGCUCCACUGAUGCCGUUCCAAGCCUCGCCUCCUUUGAUAUCGGUGCUGAUGGGAGGGAUAUAUUUGCACAUUACUGUCUGGAUACAAUCGAUACCCUCAUGUCCGUGUUAGAUCAAAAGGCAAAAGCAUUACUUCGAAGCAAAUCUGUCGCAGGAGUGUUUCUCGCCAACAGCGUUGUAAUCAUUGAGAGAAUGAUACGGGACUCGGAUCUUGCAUCUCUAUUGCAGUCGCGGCUCGAAGUCCUAGACCAAUGGCGCAAAAAGGCAACCGCAGCAUACACCGAUGUCUGCAGAGAUCUGUCUGUGUAUCUUUUCGAUACAAUUCAUACUAAUCGCGCACAGCGACCAACAUCUGGCCAGGCGGCAGAUUCUGCGUCUGUUGUCAAGGGACUCAGCAGCAAAGAUAAAGACAAGAUUAAAGAGAAAUUUACUCAGUUCAAUGCCGCGUUCGACGACAUGGUAGUCAAGCAUAAAUCUUACAGUAUGGAACCCGAGGUACGGUCCAUAUUUGGCAAAGAUAUUCGCCAGAAGUUGCAACCGCUGUAUGAUCGGUUUUGGGACCGAUACCAUGAAAUCGACAAGGGGAAGGGGAAGUAUGUGAAAUACGAUAAGUCGUCCAUUGCGGCUGUUUUUCUCGGUCUAACCUCCUGA